AUGUGCAGCCAUGCCAAUAGUUCUCAGGGGGUUUCAGAUUUCACCGAUGUUGCAGAUUCAUCAGACUGUGUUAAGGAUGUGAAGCAGCCUAGCUGGGAUCUUGGUUGCAGUUUGAUUGAGAUGACUGGGGUUGUUCAUGAAUUUGUUGGUGGAGAUGGCUCUCAUCCUCGGUCAAAGGCUAUUUACUCAAAGUUGGACGAAAUGGCAAGUGAGUUGAAGUUAGCGGGAUACGUGCCCAAUACAUCAGAAGUGUUGCUUGAUCUUGGGGAAGAAGAAAAGGAGGAUGCACUUCAUCGCCACAGUGAGAAGUUGGCACUGGAUUUUAGCCUUAUCAUUUUAGGUCCAGGGACAACCAUCAGAAUUGUGAAGAACCUACGGAUGUGUCCCGACUGCCAUUCUGCCAUCAAGAUCAUAUCAAAACUGUACGGCAGGAAAGUGGUCAUCAGGGACCGCACUCGUUUUCACCAUUUCGAUGAUGGUUUCUGUUCUUGUAAAGAUUUUUGGUGA